AUGGUGCACGCCAUGGUAACAGGAGACGAAGUGAGAUAUGACUUCUGGAGCAUUAUCUUAAGGCUUGCGAGCACAGCCGACCCUGCUGACCAUGCCGUCGCUCUGGCGCAGGGCUCCUGCCACUACUUGAAUGUUCAUGACGAUUCUGGGUGGAUGGAUUCGGAAGAGACAUCGCAGGAGAAUUCAGCUGACCAGCACGCAUUGUUGCGAGGGGGCCAAUUUCCGACCCCACUGUUGGAUGUGGAUGGGUUUACGAAUUUCCUCAUCUGGCCAGACACGUUGCACAUUGCCUUUAGAGGCUUUGCUGUAAACUUUGCUGCGUCUUGUCUUCAAGACUUCUUCCCCAAGAAUGAAAUGGACAAAGCCUUCAUGCUCUUGAAGACAUGGGCACAGUCUCACGAUCUGGAGCUCGCAAUGGAUGAGAUCUCCUUUGGGGAUGAUGGAGGCUUUCCCACUCUGAACGCGAAAGGUUGGGACAUCAAGCUGGUUUGCAUGUUUCUAGCAGACGUAUCCAGCGUGGUCGAGAAAUCCCCGCGUGGAUCUACUGACUAUGAGUAUUUCUCCGUACUUGGCAUGUGCCCAGGAAGACUGCGCGGGCUCUGCGCAAAAAUAUCCAUAUACUUGACGAACGCCCAUUUGAUGUCCAUCCUGAACGUGUGCCUGUGGGCGUGGCGGCUGCCCGGAGAUUUGUGCUCGGACAAGCUGAAGGCGCUGAAGGCCAAGUCGAAAUGCUUGCGCUGUGGCGGAACAGGACACUGGGCAGGCGACCCAGAGUGCAAGUUCCCUGCCGGAACUGGCAAGUCCGGUGGAAAGGCCGCCAACGUAGCUGUCAUGGCACGUGCGGACCUGAGUCGCCCCGACGGAUUCGACAUACCGUCUGGCACACCGGACAUAGACCCAUCGGGCUAUGUUGUGCGCGCCACAGCUGGUGCAGUCUCUAAAACAAGGAGCAAGGCUGCAGCAUCAGGGUACCCAACGGGACCCACGCCGAUCCCGAUGGAGAUGGAAGGUGGAGAUAGGAAGUUCUACCUCGGUCAGCACCGAGGGAAGACCUAUGCUGAAGUGGCGUCGAACGCUGAGUACGUCACCUGGGCCCAGCUUCAGACGAACCCGAGUCGCCAACUCCAAGACUUCCUGGCCUGGUUCUCGAGAUACUACACCAUCCAGAACGGCGAGGUGGUCACACGAGCUGGCGAAGGUCUUCCCGAGGGACACUAUGUGCCCCGGGUGAAGAACAAGAAGGGGAGCAAGAAGCCCCCGAAUCCUCCACUGGAGCGCUGUGCCCAGGGAUGCAACGACUUCUCGCACCUAGGCUCGACCAUGAACAUCCUCAGGAAGACGUGCCGGGACUGUGGUAACGUGAGCCAAGUCCCCGCCGAAUUCCAGAAGGAAAGAAGGAAGGCUGCAGAGCAGGCCUUGGCGGCUACGGAAGAGGCCCUCUCCAUGAUCCAGUACACCACUUCGGAAGAUGCGACCCGCGAACUCAACUCCGACGAGGUCGAGUCCGUCCUCAGCAUCUUCACCGACGACAUCAUGGAGUCAAUGGCUAUGGGGAUCAGUAUGAUCGCCCGUGACCUCUUCUCUGAGCACAAGAAGAUAGCGCUCGAAGACGCCCGGUAUGGGAGUAGGGCGUGGCUCCUGCGCAAGGAACUCUACUUCGACUACGAGCUCUACUACCUGGACAUGGGACAGCAGCAAGGGCGAUCGGAAGACGCUCAAAGAGGACGAUCCGGAGACGUCCUCCACCUCGACAAGGACAACGACUUCAACACCUUCGACACCGGAGUGAACGCAGAGGUUGGAUGGACGGCAGAAGGGAUUCGGCGAAUUCUUCAGGGAAGCAGCCCGAGUGUCAUUGUUGUUGCGAUUGAGUAUCGGGAUGAUUGUUUGAAUCACAGCGAGUUGAUGGAUGAAGUUGUUUCGCAUUGUGAGUGUUCAGGUUCUGAGUUCUUGGUGAUUGAUGUUGCGGAUACUGAGAGAUGGAGUUACUUCUCGAUUCCCAUGUACCCCGAGUUGGGACAUGGAGACGUUUCGUAUAUGUCAAACAGCAAAGACUUGGCAUUAGCAUUCGAAGGAUGGUGCAACGGGGGAUUCCCAUAUGUACCCCCGAAGGGAAUGCAUGAUGUGUUCGACAAUGAAUUUGCGAACUGGUUGAUCGAGUAUGUUACCGAUCAAACAGCCAUUGCGUUGGUUAGCGCGUCCUACCCUGCAUGGGAGGAUGCCGAGAUGGAGCCCCUCGACAGCGUCGAGGACGUCGAGGACCGAGCACAAAUGGACCCGGGUGAAGAGGCCAUUCAAGAAGAUCUCGAGCUUGAUGAAGCCGAGGUUCCGAACCUACCUAUUCAGGAGGCGGAACGACGAGCCGGAUGGAAGAAGCUACCUCAGCGCAUCAGGGUAGCGAUCCGUCGGCUGCAUCGCCAGUUUGGCCAUGCUCCCAGGAAGGUGCUCAUGAACCUUCUCAGAGCUGCGAAGGUUGAUCCGCAGUACCUUGAAGGACUGCGUUACCACCGAUGCAUCGAGUGUGAGGAGACGAAGCCGAGAAGAAAUGCUCACACGACAUCGUUGCCCGGCGCCUACGUGUUCAACCACACCCUCGGCGUGGACAUCUUCGAGAUCCUGGACGCAUCUGGUACCAAGUAUCAAGUUUUGAACUUGGUGUGCCUCGGCACAUGUUUCCAAUUGGCCGAAAUUGUUCGUGAAGGUCCUGGAACCCCAACUAGCUCCAAGUGUUUGGAGGCCAUCCAGAGGCGAUGGAUCACUUGGGCUGGCCAUCCUAGCUCCAUGAAGUGUGACCGCGGAUUGCACAACCGCGGGAUCCUGGCCCAGUAUAUGGGAGCCCAUGGAGUGCAGGUCACCCAUGCGCCUUUGGAGACUCCAGAAGCAAUUGGACGAGUUGAACGACAUGGAGGCGUUCUCAAGGCUAUGGUCCGGAAGACAGCUGCCCAAGUUCAAGCACAUGGUUGGCAACAGAUGCAGCAGGUACUCGAUGAGGCCUGUUUGGUGAAGAAUAGCCUACUCAGGCAAGGAGGCUACUCACCGGCUCAGUGGGUGCUUGGACGAGCGCCACGUGAACUGCCAUCUAUCCUCAGUGAAGAUGGGCACGCAGACCUAGGAGCCAUUCAGGACUCCAUAGAUCCAGAGUCAGCCUUUGCACUCCAGCACCAAUGCAGAGCCGAAGCGAAGAAGGCAUUUGUGCAGCUCGACACCUCGAAGCGAGUGCAGAAGGCCUCACUCCGCAGUGCAAGGCCAAUACCCGGCGAGUAUCGGGUUGGAGAUGUUGUGACCUUUAGGCGCACAAAGGCCGGGAAGACGACCUGGUCUCCUGCAUCCCGAAUCAUUGGGUUCGAGGGACGCGAAAAGGAAGCAGUUUGGCUCCUUUGUGAGAACGUUCCUGUUCUAGCCUCAGCGCAGAACAUUAGACCCGCGUCGGAUGCAGAAGCACUGGCCUUUGACAUCCUCCAUGGCAAGCAAGUUUUCCCAGAUGAGAUUCUAGGAGGACAGCAGAACUUCGACGAUGUUCGCGAACCUGGAGCGGAGGAUGCAGCCCCAAUAGAAGAGGAUGAGCAAGCGCUCAUUCCGCAAGCACCAGCUCAGGAGGAUCAAGGCGGACCUCCUCUACCCUCUAUCCUCGAAGAAGAGGAUGAGCCUACGAGAGAAAGGUCCAGGUCACCACCUGAGCGGCGUGUGCAUGCAGCUACUUCGUCGACUACCUCAACGUCAAGAAGGAGGCCUAGUGUUGCAGAACCAGAAGGAGAGCGAACCCCUGGUGGAAGUCGCAGACCGUCAACCUACGACAUCCAGGACGACUUACCAGUGCAGAUCCGGGAGAGACUGCAGAAUAUACGCGACUCAGAGACAGCGCGUUAUGUCAACGACACAGAUGGUGCGUUGAACGCCACUAGGGCGAAGCCACGAGCGAAGUUUAUGGCCUUCAUGGCAACAAGACUGACGAAGGAUGAGAUGAAGGACCUGCCAGGAACGCUCAACUACUUCGACUGCACACCGUCUAUCCAGAAAAAGAUCGACGAGUCGCGGAAGAAAGAAUGGUUGAAGUAUGAAUCGUUCCAGGCGGCGAUCCCUGUCUCAGGCAAGAUCCUCGAGGACUUGUUAGCCGAAGGACACAUAGCACUGCCUUCGAAGUGGGUCGAUACUGUGAAAAACAUUCACGAGCAGCACACCGAGAACUUCGUUCCGGAAUUCAAAUCCCGACUCGUUAGUUGCGGGAAUUUUGAGGCCGAUGAUGGGAUCCGUACGGACUCACCUACAUCGGACCUAGAGACCCACGCGAUGGUAUGUGCAUUUGCAGCUUGUGAAGGAGUCCCUACCCAGAGCUCCGACAUCAAGAAUGCGUACUUCCAGGCCCUGCCCAUUGACCGGAUUAUCCUCAUGCGACAACCCCGAGGCGGCUUGCCCGGUGUGGACCCAGAGGCCAUGCUCCUGGUCAGGGUGCCUGUCUACGGUCUCCGAGACAGUGGACGUGGUUUUUGGAAGCGGGUGGACAAGGACGCCAAGGACGUUGGUUUGAAGGCGAGCCGCAUUUUUCCUGCGUUCUACUACCACACCACGAAUGGCAAGGUGGACCUGCUUCUCACCACGCAUGUAGACGACUUCUUGUGGGCGUCUACGGAGACUGGAGAUGCCAUCAUGGAUCGACUCUUAGAGCGAUUCGAGGUCGGACGACGUGAGCGAGAUCGACUCCGCUUCUGUGGAAAGCAGUUCGAUCGUGCAGGAAGUGACGUACUGCUGGACGUGACGGACAACACACGUCGAAUCACCUACAUCGACAUCGCCAAGAGCCGCAAGCCAUCCGAUCCCAUCACUCAAGGUGAAGAACGACAGUUGCGAUCCGUGGUGGGGAGUUUGAGCUGGAUAGCUCGACAGGGGAGACCGGACAUACUUUACAAGGUGUCCUACCUCCAAUCCAAGGUCAAGGGCGCCAGCGUUGCUAUCCUUAAGGAAGCAAACAAGGUCUUGGAACUUGCCCUCACCGGCAAGGAUCUUAAGAUCAGAUACAAGCAUGGAAUCUGUGAAUUCAUGCAACUUGGCGUACUGACGGCUUCAGACGCUAGUUUUGCCGCUGAGCCCGGAAUGCGAUCACAGCAAGGACGCAUUCACUUCCUUGCUCCAAGGAAGCAGUUGACUGAUCCCAGCAACUGCGAUUUUGACGUGAUGCUCGUGAGCUACAGCAGCACCACGAUCAAGAGAGUAUGCAGAGCAACUCUCCAGGCUGAGACCUACGCUCUGCAAAACGCACAGGAAUCCGGAGACAGGAUUCGGGCCCUCUUAGCCGAGCUCUACGACUGCGGCAGCAGUGGUUCCGACUGGUAUGACAAGUCGAGAGCAGCCGUACCGCAUCUGAUGUUAACGGACUGCAGGUCGUUAUCUGAUAAUUUGAACAGUGAAGUUCCAUCAAAGGUUCAAGACAAGAGAUUGCAAAUUGAGCUGAACGCAUUGCGUCAGGCACUGUUCGAUGAUGACGGAUCAAAGUUGAUUGACCGUUACCCUGAUGCGGCUGACAGGAUCACGUGGACCUCAACGGCCACCAUGAUCGCUGAUUGUCUCACCAAGUCAAUGAAGCCUGAUUUGCUCAUUAGAGUACUCAGAGACUGCUUGUACCAUAUCGAAAGGCAGUAG